AUGCCACAAGGGUUCACCAAACGAGCGAUUGGCGCCUUAUUAACGGCCACCGCUUUACUAUUAAUAUGGAGGAUAUCGAAUUACGAUGUUACCUCUUUAGCACCAUCGUCGUCGUCGUCGAAUAGUCAAACCGCCAAAUCUGGCGGAAACCCGCGACGAAUCGCCAAAGUGUCGAUGCUGUAUGGCAAUCCGAAUUCAUUAUAUGAACGAGCACUCCAGAGCCAUGAGAGGCACGCACAACGAUGGGGGUAUCCCAUGUAUGUGCUAGAGGAGGAUAUUUCGGAGGGGUUUUGGAAUAAGCCGAGUUAUGUAUUGUCGCUUGUUAUCCAGGAGCUUGCGAAGCCGCCUGCGAAACGGUGUGAAUGGUUGAUGUGGGUUGACGCCGACUCAAUAAUAAUCAACCCUGCAAUCCCCGCCGACAUCUGGCUUCCUCCCCCCGACCUCUCUGAAAUCCACUUUGUUGCCUCCAAAGACCAAAACGGUCUAAACACCGGCAUUGUAUUUUUCCAUGUCCACCCCUGGACAGUCAGUAUGCUCGUCGAAACCCUCGGAUAUCCUUUAUAUCUCCCCGAAAUCGACCUGGGCCGUUCCGCAGACCAAGAAGCGAUGGCUCGCAUCAUGAAAAAGACAACCGGUGGCCCUAAAGGGGAAGGAUAUGCUGAGGGAAUGGUAUACCUACCUCGACCAUGGAUAAAUACCUACGAAUGGCACCACGCCUACGAAGGCGAAAAGGGGAAUAUGCUCGUCCAUUUCCCAGGCUUGGAGGAGGAUCGCUGGCCUCAUAUGGCGAAUUGGUUGGAUAUCGUGGAAAAGACACCCUUAGAAUGGGAGAUGCCGCUAAAAGAGUCUGGAUAUGAUGAACUCGCCCGCGAGUUUUGGGCAAAGUUCCGCGCUGCCAGGGAUCUGGCCAAUAGUGUGCAGGAAGACAUUAUGCUUUCGCCCACGGGGACCUCGACGUCUCUCCGGCAGGCAGCCGUAAACAAUGUGCGGACUGCGCUGCGGGAACAUGCCGAUGAGCCGGAGCUGGUUCAGCAGCAGGUUGAUGAGCUCAAAGCGGCUGUUAGGGAAGAAUUAUCUGGGCGGUACUAG